GUGCGCAAGCGCCACCUGUGGCCGCCGACUCCGCCCUCAGGGGCGGGGACAAGCGGGGCCCAAAAUGGCUGCCAGCCGCUACCGGCGUUUUCUUAAGCUCUGUGAGGAAUGGCCAGUGGACGAGACCAAACGGGGCCGGGACUUGGGCACUUACCUGCGGCAGCGGGUAGCACAGGCCUUUCGGGAGGGAGAGAACACCCAGAUUGCAGAGCCCAAGGCCUGUGAUGAGAUGUAUGAGAGCUUGGCAAGACUCCAUUCAAACUAUUACAAACACAAGUACCCUCGGCUCAGAGACACGAGCUUCAGUGGCCUGUCUGUGGAAGAAUACAAGCUGAUCCUGUCCACAGAUACCUUGGAAGAGUUUAAGGAAAUGAACAAAGGCAUGUGGAAGAAACUGCAGGAGAAGUUUGCCCCCAGGAGUUCUGAGAAGGAAAAGGACUGGGUCAAGUCCUUGUCUCGCCCACGUACCUAAGCACAGGGUCUUAUGUGCCACCACCAUCAAUAAAACUGCCCUGACCGCCCCAUCCUCGUGGUUUGGGAAGCUCAUUUAGCC